GCGGCAAGGCCGGGCGGGGGGCUUGGAGAGGUUUGUCCGCUCCUGUCACCUGACUCCUAGAAGAAACCAAACCUGAAGUCGGGGGAGGCAGCUGGGGCUCCUCGGCCAGCGACAGAGCCGGAAGAGGAGGCGGCAGUAGCAGCAGCAGCCCUUAGCAGAAGAUGUCGGGUCAAACGCUCACCGACCGCAUCGCAGCCGCUCAGUACAGCGUGACGGGCUCAGCUGUGGCCAGGGCCGUCUGCAAAGCAACCACUCACGAAGUCAUGGGGCCCAAGAAAAAGCACCUGGACUAUUUGAUCCAGGCCACCAAUGAGACAAAUGUUAAUAUCCCUCAAAUGGCUGACACACUGUUUGAAAGAGCAACGAACAGUAGCUGGGUGGUGGUUUUCAAAGCAUUAGUAACAACACAUCAUCUAAUGGUCCACGGCAAUGAGAGAUUUAUUCAGUAUUUGGCAUCUAGAAACACAUUAUUCAAUCUCAGCAAUUUUUUGGAUAAAAGUGGAUCCCACGGUUAUGAUAUGUCUACCUUUAUAAGGCGCUACAGUAGAUACCUAAAUGAAAAGGCUUUCUCAUACAGGCAAAUGGCAUUUGACUUUGCAAGAGUAAAGAAGGGGGCUGAUGGAGUAAUGAGGACAAUGGCUCCUGAAAAACUGCUGAAGAGUAUGCCUAUAUUGCAGGGACAGAUAGAUGCACUGCUUGAGUUUGAUGUUCACCCAAAUGAACUGACAAAUGGUGUCAUAAAUGCUGCAUUUAUGCUUCUUUUCAAAGAUCUUAUCAAGCUUUUUGCCUGCUACAAUGAUGGAGUUAUAAAUUUACUAGAAAAGUUUUUUGAAAUGAAGAAGGGGCAGUGUAAAGAUGCUCUAGAAAUUUACAAACGAUUUCUAACUAGAAUGACCAGAGUGUCUGAAUUCCUUAAAGUGGCAGAACAAGUUGGUAUUGAUAAAGGGGACAUUCCUGAUCUUACACAGGCUCCCAGCAGUCUUAUGGAGACCCUUGAACAACAUCUAAAUACAUUAGAAGGAAAGAAAACUGGAAACAAUGAAGGGUCUGGUGCGCCUUCUCCAUUGAGCAAGUCUUCUCCAGCUACAACAGUUACGUCUCCUAGUUCCACCCCAGCCAAAACUAUUGAUACCUCCCCACCAGUUGAUUUAUUUGCAACUUCAUCUACAGCAACUCCCAUCAGUACUUCUAAACCAUCCAGUGAUCUCCUUGACCUUCAGCCGGACUUUUCAUCUGGAGGACAGGCAGCGGCUGCAGCUGCGCCUUCUGGAGGAGCAACUGCAUGGGGAGACCUUUUGGGAGAGGACACUUUGGCUUCACUUUCCAUUGUAACCUCCGAGGCGCCGAUUUCCGAUCCAUUUGCACCAGAACCUAGUCCUCCUACUGCUACAACUACUGAAAUUGCAACUGCUGCAGCUUCAGCUUCAACUACCACAACUGUCACUGCUGUCACUGCUGAAGUGGACCUUUUCGGAGAUGCCUUUGCAGCUUCUCCUGGAGAAGCCCCUACAGCAGCUGAAGGGGCAGCACUACCAGCCACCCCAACCCCUGUAGCGGCAGCCCUAGAUGCAUGUUCAGGAAAUGACCCCUUUGCCCCAUCGGAAGGUAGCGCAGAGGCCGCUCCUGAGCUGGAUCUUUUUGCAAUGAAGCCACCUGAGACCAGUGCUCCUGUAGUUAGCCCUACAACUAGUGCAGCCCCUCCGGUUCUUGCAACAACUCCUCCGCCUGCUGCUGCAGCAGCCACUGCUACUACUCCUGCUGCUACUGCCACUACCACUACUGACACCACAUCCGCCACCACCACCACCACAACCACCACCGCUCCUCCUGCUCUAGAUAUCUUUGGUGAUUUAUUUGAGUCCACUCCUGAUGCUGCUGCAUUGCCCAAAGCAGAUGCUACUCCUAGCAUAGACCUAUUUGGUACAGAUGCUUUCUCAUCUCCACCCCAAGGGGCUUCUCCUGUGCCUGAGAGUUCUCUCACUGCUGAUCUCUUGUCUGUGGAUGCAUUUGCAGCUCCAUCUCCUGUAGCCACUGCUUCUCCGGCUAAGGUGGACUCUUCAGGUGUGAUUGACCUUUUUGGUGAUGCUUUUGGAAGCAGCACUCCUGAGCCUCAACCAGCACCCCAAGCUGCUUCUAGUUCCUCAGCGUCAGCAGACCUGCUAGCUGGCUUUGGAGGGUCUUUCAUUGCUCCUUCUCCAUCACCCGUGACCCCAGCUCAGAACAACCUGUUGCAACCCAAUUUUGAAGCCGCUUUUGGAACAUCUCCUUCAACUACUGGCAGCAGUUCCUUUGAUCCUUCAGUGUUUGAUGGCUUAGGGGAUCUUCUUAUGCCAACCAUGACUCCUGCUGGUCAAACUGCACCUGCUUCAGCUGUGACCCCGAGUACUAUUAUGGCAGCAAGCAAAGGACUAGGAAGCGAUCUGGAUUCAUCACUUGCAAGUUUAGUAGGCAACCUUGGGAUUUCUGGAACCACAACCAAAAAGGGUGAUCUACAGUGGAAUGCUGGAGAAAAGAAAUUAACAGGUGGAGCCAACUGGCAGCCCAAAGUAGCACCAGCAACGUGGUCAACUGGUGUGCCUUCCAGUGGCACAUUGCCAGGAACUGUACCUCCAGCCAGUUCAGUUCCCCCAGGAACUGGAGCACCAUCCGGAGCCCAGCCAGGAGCAGGAUUUGGAAUGCCUCCUGCCGCUGGCACCGGUGUACCCCUGAUGCCCCAGCAGCCUGUUAUGUUUGCACAGCCCAUGAUGAGGCCACCGUUUGGAGCCGCCUCUGGUCCAGGUGCACAACUUUCUCCAAGCCCUACACCUGCCACUCAGAGUCCCAAGAAACCUCCAACAAAGGACCCAUUAGCGGAUCUAAACAUCAAGGAUUUCUUGUAGACAAUUUAAGCUGCAGUUUUUGUGACUGGAUAGAAAAAGUGAGUUUGGAGACUACGUAUAAGAUUGAUGCUCAGAGUUUCAAAGUGAGCCACCAGUAC